GACGCACAGAGGGCAGCCCUGUGGAUGGACUCAGAGCAGGCCAGAUGGAAACAGAAAAGGCCAGCCAGGAGACGGAAGAAAGUCUGAUACUAGCACAACUCAGCGCCGCCACUCAACCAGACAACCUGAUCACCGCCAAGCUCCAAAAUGGCACCCAGUCGCCGGAAGGAGCCCAUCAGCAGAUCAACGGGGACGGAAACUGGAACCUUUACAACAAGGCCGUGGCAGGGGUCAUCAACCCAAUGAAGAGACACAGGGAAAACUGCAGCAGUCCUGCCGGAGUGCAGGGACUGUUCGACCAAGGUUCUUAUAACAUGAUCAAUGGCAGGGAUCUGAAGCAUGCGCUCUGUGACCAGUCCUUACUGGGCCUUCACCAGGCCAAGAAACUCAGAUCGGAUUUGGAGAUUAAUGGAGGGGAUGGAGAGGAGAUGUGGGACAAAAAAGAUGGUGGAGACAUCAUGGACGAUUUCCCGGAGUUGACAAAGCCUGGGGAGUUUGACUACGAUGGGACAAGACUGGAUAAGAGAAACUGUAAUACUUUCUCAAAUGGAGGGGAUAUUUUCUCACUAUCGAGGAACAAGCAAAUAGCUAACGGUGCUACAGUGAGCCCCAAUUCCAUUGAAGGCACACCUGGUGACCUUCUAGAGAAAACUCUGUCUCAGUAUUACCCAGAACAAGUGUCCAUCGCAGAACAGACGGGCGCGCAGGAGUUUCAACCGGAGGUGGGGUUGGUUGACGACAUUAGCUCACUCACCAACGAACUCCCUGAACUGCCCGAACAAGCCACGACGCAGUCACCUACCUCUCUUACCUCAGGGUUCCCUCCCAUUUCAGCCCAGAUGCCUGCCUCUGAGAAACAGCAGCAGACUAGGGUAGCAGCCCCUAAAGGGCAAGGCAGCAAUGGAUAUAACAACUCAGCCUCCCCGUAUAUGGUGAAUGGGUGUUCUAACAGUUACAGAGGAGAGCACCAGCAACAGCAGCCCGCUGACGUCUCACAACAUCAGAACAACACAGAGGGCAUUUACAGGAAACCUAACCAGGAGUUUAACCAUCAGAACUCUUUCCUGACCCCUCUAGAGCAGAGCACUCCGCUGCAGACAGAAGAGGCCAUUGGGUUCAGCCCCGGCCCUUUCCCCAGCCCAGGCAUGGGGCAGAGUGAGGGGAGGCGCCGGCAGCAACAGUAUGGGAUGCAGCAGCAGCAACAGCAGACAGGGAACCCCUGUGGAGCUGACUCUACGGGCCCCCAGGGCUCCAUGGGCCCAGCUUCCCUGCCCGGUGGCAGUGAGCCUGGACCCCAACGCUCCAAUCAAAACGUGAUGAUGAAAGACACACCCCAGCAGCAGCAGAGAGGAGGAGCGGAUCCCGGUUGCCCUAAUUCCCAGAUGGGCUGGAUAGAUUUAAACUCCCGGGGCCAGAUGCUGGAGCCCGACUCAGCACGGAGGUUCCAGACGGGGGGACAAAGCUUCGAUGUAGGACCCACCGGAGGGGCCUACCAGCAACAGCAGCCGCGGCCGGCCCAGUCGCCUCACCAAGCGCCUCCUGCCCAACACAACACUGCCCCAGAGUGGCAGCAGCAGGCCGACUCUAAAGGCCCAUCUCACAUGCACCAACAACAGUGUAAUCUUCCUCCUCAACAGCAGCCACAUACACAACACGUGCACCAGCAGCAGUGUAAUCUUCCUCCUCCUCAACAGCAGCAGCAAGGGGAGAAUUGUUUUCGAGCCCCCAUGCAGCCAGAGCACUUAUGUGAAGGCGACCCAGAUCUAGAGGAAAUACUAUCACCUAGCUUUCUGCAGCCGCCACAACGUCCACAACAUCAACAGCAGCAGCAACGCCCGCUGUCCCAUCCAUCUCAGUACGACGGACAGCAGUCGGUCAAUGCACCCCAGUCGCAGGACCCCAACCAGGGCACGAUGGACGGUCAACAGCUGCUGAACAAACUCAAGCUGGAAGACUACAUCAGGCUAGAGAAAAAGCUGAAAUCCCCUGGUGGAGGCUACAGAGGUCAGGGUGGUCAACCCCAGCUUGGGCACCAGCAGCAGAUACAGUCUAUGAUGAGAAACAACCCUGGGUACAAUCCUGUAGACCCCUCUCAGCCCAACGACGCACAGCAGUCCCAGCAGGCGUCAUGGAGACACAGCAGCAGUAAUACCAUGGAGAUGGAGAUGGAGCUGGAGAUGAAGCAGCAACAACAACAGCAGCACCAACAACAACAGCAAAGGCAGUACACUCCAAGCCCCGGACCCAAGCAAUACUCCCACCAGCAGCAGCCGCCGCCCCACCUCCGACAACCACACCCCAACCACAUGGACUUCCCCCUUACCCAGACCCCCCCACAACCGCUACCUCACUUACCACACGGUGCUUUAAAUCAGCAGGUGUCUGCACAGCAACAGCAGAUGUAUCCUAAAAUGGAGCAGAAUCAGCAGGAGUCUUGCGCCCAGUUCCAGAGGGGGGGACCUCCACCCCUGGGACACGGGGGCCCCCAGGGGGACUUCCAGAGGCACGCGGCCCUGCGGAUGCAUCUUCUACAGAGGCAGUCUGAGCGGGGGUCUCUGGGUCCCCCUCAUCCACAGACCCCUGUAGACUUCAAGCACGGCGUCCGGACCAUCAAGAUGGUGAAUGGGCCGCGGUUCGAACACCCUCACCACCAAGGGCCUGGACCACCGCCCUUGAUGCAGCAUCAACAGCAGGGCCGGGAGAUGGGUAUGGUAACGGGGGGCAUCCAGGUCAAGCAGGAGUACAAUCUACAGCCCCAGACGUCGUGCUGCGGCGAGCGGAGCCAGAGCAGCUCCCAGCGGAGCAUCCUAGCCACCAUGGAGCAGACUCUCAGACAGUAUCAGCUUUCGCCAGUCUUCGACAGGAAGUCCCUCGUCAUCAGAUCACCCAACAAGGUCAAGGUGGAGCAGUCUGGCGCUGUGACGGUGCUCUCGACCCACGCGGACCUGGACGGUGGGUCGGGUGGGAUGGAGGACAUGGGGAUGGGGCGCCCUGGCUCCAAUGGUCUGAAAAGACCCCACCUAGACUUCACCCCCAAGCAGGAACCCCUGCUCCAGCGUUUUAUGAAUUCCCCCAUGAAACUCUUGGAUACUCCUAUUAAAAACCUAUUGGAUACUCCUAUCAAGACCCAGUAUGAUAUCCCUUCCUGCCACUGUGUGGAGUCAAUCAGUGAGAAGGACGAAGGGCCGUAUUACACUCACCUGGGCUCCGCUCCGAAUAUCAAGGCCAUCCGGGACAUCAUGGAGACAAGGUCUGGGCUAACUGGCAGUGCCAUCAGGAUUGAAAAAGUGGUGUACACAGGCAAAGAAGGGAAGAGUACACAGGGAUGCCCCAUUGCUAAAUGGGUGAUCCGGCGCGGCAGUGUGGACGAGAAGCUCCUGGUGCUGGUGCGUGAGCGGGAGCGCCACAAGUGCGAGGCGGCGUGCAUCGUGGUUAUCAUCCUGAUCUGGGAAGGCAUCCCCACCACCAUGGCAGACCAGCUCUACAUGGAGCUCAGCGACACGCUGACGAGACAUGGAGCCCUCACCCAGCGACGAUGUGCCAUCAACGAGGAGAGGACGUGUGCGUGCCAGGGGCUGGACCCAGAGGCCUGUGGCGCUUCCUUCUCCUUCGGCUGCUCCUGGAGCAUGUACUACAAUGGCUGCAAGUUUGCCAGGAGCAAAAUCCCACGCAAAUUCAAGCUAACUGGGGACGACCCGAAAGAGGAAGAAAGGCUGGAGCAAAACCUUCAGAAUCUGGCAACCCUAAUGGCCCCCACAUACAAAACCCUGGCACCGGACGCCUAUCAAAACCAGGUGGAACAUGAGCAAAGGGCGCCAGACUGCCGUCUAGGAAAGGGGGAGGGGCGACCGUUCUCCGGGGUCACCGCCUGUAUGGACUUCUGCGCUCACGCUCACAGAGACCUCCACAACAUGCAGGGGGGCAGCACUGUUGUGUGCACGCUAACCAAGGAGGACAACCGACAGAUCGGGAAGAUUCCGGAGGACGAGCAGCUCCAUGUGCUGCCCCUUUACAAGGCCUCACCAACAGACGAAUUUGGCAGUGCAGAGGGCCAGCAGGAGAAGAUCAAAACGGGCGCCAUCCAGGUGCUCAAUGCCUUCCGCCGCCAGAUCCGCAUGCUCUCCGAGCCCGCCAAGUCCUGCCGGCAGAAGAAGCUGGACGCCAAGCGGGCUACCGCAACCAAGAAUGCCGGGGGACCGGACACGCCUUCGAAGGCGGAGAAAGCCCUACAGGCCAAGCUGAAAUCUAGUAGCACUUAUGAGAGCAUAGCUCAGAGCACUCCAGGGACAGGUCCAAUUCCAGGUGCCAUGGGAACGACCCCCCAGCCACCAGGUCAGCCGCCAGGUCACCCCCUCGGCGCCCACCUCCAGCAACUCCAGCAACAGCAGCACCAGAAUGCCCUUCACGCCUUCCCUGGCUCCCCCCAUCCAGCCAGCCCCUACGCCGGCUUCCCCAACCACCCCGGCCCUUUUCAAAGCACUUCCAAGCCAGGUAGCAUGUACCCCCAGCCACCAGCCUCAGCAAGCCCUUACCCCUCCCCUUUGCACGUACCCACCUCUUACAUGAAUGGGUCGAAUCCACCGAGCUCUUAUCCCAGCCCCAUGACUACAGGUAGCCCCUACUCGGGUUACCAGUGUAACGGAGGUUCGCCCUUAGACAACUACCACCCUUACUACACCUCGAACCCAAAGCACCUGGACAUGUACCGGCAACAGAGGCCAGGAGCGCUUUACCCCGACAUGCAGCAGCAGUAUGGUGCGCACCAACGGUAUGGGGUCAACUACCCGCCGCAGUAUGGUGAGCCCGGUUUACAGAUCAAUGGUUACAGCAACUGUAGCAGCAUGAGGUCCGGCAUUCACCCCAUGAGCCCCUACGGUCCCCCCUCGUAUGGUCCCAGCGGUGCCACCGAUGCCCAAUACCUGGAUGCCCUCUCCAGGCCGCACUCAGCCCACCACCCAGGGCUGGACUAUGCAGCAGCAGUAAGCAAAGGCAAUCAGUUUGGUGGGUACCCCAAUCCCUACCUCUCCCAGAGCACCAAAAUGUUCCCCCCGGGCGGCCCCCAGGACCCCUUCUGUAUGCAAGUCAAGACCGAGAUGGGUCUCCAAAGCCCGUGCAUGACACCCACGCAACCAGGGUUCCCCAACGAACACCUCCAUGGGGGUUCCCCCAUGAUCAAGCAGGAGCCCAGGUCGGGUCCGCCAACGCCCACCACACCCAAGGAGAAGCCGGCCAUGUGGUCCGACAACGAGCACAACUUCCUGGAUCCGGAGAUCGGCGGGGUGGCUGUGGCACCCAGCCACGGCUCCAUCCUCAUCGAGUGUGCCAAGCGGGAGAUGCAUGCCACCACGCCGCUAAAAAACCCCAAACGCAACCACCCCGCUCGCAUCUCUCUGGUGUUUUACCAGCACAAGAACAUGAACGAGGCGAAGCACGGCCUGGCACUGUGGGAGGCCAAGAUGGCCGAGAAGCAACGGGAGAAGGAUGAGGACGCCGAGAGGAACGGGGCCGAGGGCGCCACAGUGACACCCAGCAAGAGCACUAAGAAGGGAGCGAAGAGGGAGCACCCGGAGCUGUCGGAGCAGCAAGGGGAGCCUCCGUACAAGCGCUUCAUCCAGACCCUCAUGGAGAGGUCCAUGUCGUGCACCACAAACACCUACGUCAACACGUCGCCCUACGCUUUUACCAAGGUCACAGGGCCGUACAGCCGCUUCAUCUAGACAAGAGAUGUUCAUACUGUUCUGUAGGGUUCACUCACGAGGAAUAACACUGAGAAUUAAAACUCACGGUGCUAUACUGACGGUGCUAUCUUAAAACCUCAAGCUGAAGCACCACUAGCCUCAAAACACAGAGCGUCCUCUCUCUCCUGGCGGUAAGCAACAGUGUCAGAAGAACACACAGCGUAGUUGGAGAAGGACCUUGAUCAAUUGGAAGUCGUACCACGUUAUGGAGUACAUCAGGUUUGUCACCUCUUGAAAGUUCGGACCUUACCGAUUGGUUGGUUGACCCUCCUCUACUAAGGAAGUAUUUAUUAUCUGGUUACUUUUACAAGAUACACACUGUUAACGUUUCUCGGGUGCUUUGCAGGUCCAAUACAUCAGGACUUCUAUAUUUACUGGAAACAUUGUUUCUUUUUGGUGGCUUUAAUUUUCUAAUUAAGCGUUUAAACAUUAUUUUUUAUAUAUAUAAUCUUGACAUACUGUAAAAAACACUGAACUUUGUGGACACACCACAAUAACGGUGCUAAAAGUGGAGCGUGUCUUUAUUAUACAGUUUUGUUCAAAUGUCUUCAUGUUUGAACCAAAUCAGUUUGCAUAGAUAAACGCGUUUCUCCAGAUGAUUUGUGUGAAAAUGGAUGAAACUGAAAAUACUGUACAAAAUAUCAUCAGCAAAAAAAAAGCACUUUUGAUAUUGAAGGUGAAAUAUUUUGAUAAUACCUUCAGAUCAGAUGAUUGGUGCAAAAAAUGUCUACAGUUACAACAAAGGAAUUAUUUUCUAGACAUGAAAUUGAUAGAUUUAUCACAAAAACUUGAUUUAAAUUACUGUAGCCUACCUGUAAAACAGUAUGAAUAUCAUGCCAAUCGAAUUUUUACAUUUUACUUUCUGGUGCUUUCAGUUUCACAAUUGUUAUCAUGUCCUUUACAUUGUAAAUCGAGCCAUUCUAAAAAGGUGCAUUUUUAGACGGUAAUGUUUCAACAACAAAAAAUGUGAUUCUCGCAUAUUCUCUCAAGGUUUAUUUACUUUGUCAGCAACUGUUCCAGAGUUCUUGACCACAGGUUCACAGACAAAACCUGAAUUGUGGAUAUAUUACGUGUUGUCAUGCGACUGUUGUGUUUUGUGAACAUGUUCCUUACCUUCCUUUGGUGUAGGACAUGAAACAGGGUUAGCUCAAAUGUCAGUAUCACGGUUUCAAAGGCAGCUGGCUUGCUGUGGUUGAUCUUUAAAUAAUUGUAAUCUAGUUGUAUGAUAAAAGAUUAGAUUUGUACAGUAAAUUAAUUACUCUUUUUUUAACGCUUAAGGAUUUUAGUGUUGUAAAGAAAAGUUAUAUUUCUUUGGGUUUGAACUGAUUUUAAAUACAUAUGGUGCUACUCAACCUGCUAUGCGAACAUAUAAUGUGAGACCCUAGGGGCGUUGAGAAGGCUAAUGAAUGAUGUACAGUUAAAGUACCUACUUGCCAUAUACCUCAGAACUAGUUUGGCAAUAUUACAGGAGCAUGAUACAAAGGCAUUUCUUUCUCCUUCCUUUGUUGUCACUUUCAAAAAAAGUUAACUACAAUAACAGACUUCAGGCCACCAUCAAGGCUGAGUUCAUUGCUUACUGCUUUCUUCAUGCUCGAUCUACUAGGAAGAAUUACUUGAACUUUAAGCUUUGAUAUAAUAGCAAAAUCAGGGAUAUUUCAACUCAUUUCUGUACAUUCAUCUAGUUUUCCUCUCAUUCAGUGAUUUUCCUCCAUCUUGAAUCCCAAUGAAUUACUUACAGUACCAGUCAAAAGUUUGGACACACCUAUUCUUUCAAGGGUUUUUCUUUAUUUGUACUAUAUUCUACAUUGUAGAAUAAUAGUAAAGACAUCAAAACGAUUAAAUAAUACAUAUGGAAUCAUGUAACAACCAAAUAAAGUGUGAAAAAAUCAAAAUGUAUUUUAUAUAGCCACCUUUUGCCUUGAUGACAGCUUUGCACACUCUUGGCAUUCUCUCAACCAGCUUCAUGAGGUAGUCACCUGGAAUGCACUUCAAUUAACAGGUGUGCCUUGUUAAAAGUUAAUUUGUGGAAUUUUCAUAUUAUGACAGAACAGAUCAAAUAAGCAAAGGAAAAUGACAGUCCAUCAUUACUUUAAAACAUGAAGUUCAGUCAAUCCGGAAAGUUUCUUCAAGUGCAGUCGCAAAAACCAUCAAGCGCUAUGAUGAAACUGGCUCUCAUGAGGACCGCCACAGGAAAGGAAGAGUUACCAGCCUCAGAAAUUGCAGCCCAAAUAAAUGCUUCACAGGGUUCAGGUAACAGACACAUCUCAACAUCAACCGUUCUGAGGAGACUGCGUGAAUCAGGCCUUCAUGGUCAAAUUGCUGCAAAGAAACCACUACUAAUGGACGUUAAUAAUAAUAAUAAGAAGAGACUUGCUUGGGCCAAGAAACAUGAGCAAUGGACAUUAGACCAGUGGAAAUUUGUCCUUUGGUCUGAUGAGUCCAAAUUUGAGAGUUUGGGUUCCAACCGCCGUGUCUUUGUGAGACGAAGAGUAGGCGAAUGGAUGAUCUCUGCAUGUGUGGUUCCCACCAUGAAGCAUGGAGGAGGAUGUGUGAUGAUGUGGGGGUGCUUUGCUGGUGACACUGUCUGUGAUUUUCUUAGAAUUCAAGGCACACUUAACCAGCAUGGUUACCACAGCAUUCUGCAGUGAUACACCAUCCCAUCUGGUUUGCGCUUAGUGUUACUAUUAUAUGUUUUUCAACAGGAAAAUGACCCAACACACCUCCAGACUGUGUAAGGGCUAUUUGACCAAGAAGGAGAGUGAUGGAGUGCUGCAUCAGAUGAACUGGCCUCCACAAUCACCCGACCUCAACCCAAUUGAGAUGGUUUGGGAUGAGUUGGACCAGAGUGAAGGAAAAGCAGCCAACAAUGGCUCAGCAUAUGUGGGAACUCCUUCAAGACCGUUGGAAAAGCAUUCCAGGUGAAGCUGGUUGAGAGAAUGCCAAGCGUGUGCAAAGCUGUCAUCAAGGCAAAGGGUGGCUACUUUGAAGAAUCUAAAAUAUAUUUUGAUUUGUUUUACACUUUUUUGGUUACUACAUGAUUCUAUGUGUUAUUUCAUAGUUUUGAUAUCUUCUCUAUUAUUCUAGAAUGUAGAAAAUGGUAAAAAAAAAUAAAGAAAAACCUUUGAAUGAGUAGGUGUGUCCAAACAUUUGACUGGUACUGUAUACACACACCCUUAAAAAAGGCACUCGCACAUCUGAGCUAUCUUUGUUGCAAGUGCACGGUAACAGUUGAGAGGAGAAAAAAGCAGAAACCCGCACACUGCUCUUGCUAGUAUCACCGCUCUUUAUUAAGCUUUACGUAUCGGCCUCAAGGCUUGUCAGAGCUUUCUGAUGAAGGCCUUGAGGCUGAUACGUAAAGCUUAAUAAAGAGCAGUGACACUAGCAAGAGCAGUGUGUGGGUUUCUUCCCCCCCCCCCCUCAAAUACACACACUUAAACACAAAACUAAACUAUCAGCAAAAUAUGAAAUUGACGACCUGCGUUUUUUUGUGUGUACUUUUGCUUUAGCUAGUAGAUUGGUGGUAUACUUUUGAAGUAAAUUUGAACAUAUAAUAUGCACUGAAUUGACUAAAGGGAAAGUAUGGCAUUGACAAGGUAAAGAGCGAUGCAUUCGCUUUUACUGUGAGGCAAGACCAGGGCAGUUAUGAUGCUAGAUGACGCACAUUUGUGUGCCUGUGUAUAGUUUAAUAGUGAAAUGUAUUUAUAACCACUAAACAAUUAUAUUACGAUUAUCUUUCUCUCCAUUUGAUUUUAAUGAUAUAUGAUGAGUCAACGGUUAUUUCUGAGUGACAACCCCCCCACGCUAACAUUUAUACUAUCGUUUUCCCAAAGCACUUCCUUUCUUUUUUCAGAAAAAAAACAAUGUAAUAAAAUAUUACAAAACACUUUAUUUAAGAUAAGAAAAUCAGUAGAUUAUUGUAAAUUGUUUUAAAAUAAAUUAUGCCACAUUGUACAUACCAUGUGUUUGUAUUACGGAAAUACAAUUGUUGAUUUUUAAUAACAACCUACUAUUGUAAUAUGUUAAAAGGUGUAGGUUUCUUGUAAUUUUGUCAAAUGUACCCACGGCCCAUGUUUCUAUCAGCAAUCUUCUUUCAAAUCUAUCUUUUAGUCUUUUCCAGGUUCACAGGACGCUCAGUUAGAUAAUGUUCCUGGGUUUUGUAGAUUGCCGCACUCACUGUCAAAAAACAGCAAUGUUUACAGCUCUAAGGUUCCUGUUAGCUAAAGUCACUUAAUAGUUUUUGUAAAGGAUUGCAGUUUCUGUGAAAAAAAAGAAUAGAACAUUCUAAUGUUGAAUUUCAGUGUACAGGACCCAGCGACAGUAGCAGGUUGUGGUGGUGAAAAGGAGUGUCUGAGACAUAGCGGGUGACGAGCAUAGCCAUACUUGAAAAGCUUCAGAGUGUUGGAGUGUGUUUCAACAUUACUUGAAAGACUUUGAGCUUGACUAACGCAGGAGUGCACAGCUCUUAUGUUAAGCUAGCAGUUUAAUGUACACGUGUUGGUAUUUUGCAGUUCGAGACACUAAAGUUUUUUAAAACAUUUUGUUAUUUUCUGCCUCCGUCUUUUUUUGUUACUGCUUCCCUUGUUCCCCUUUAAGGUUGGUAUGCUAAAAAUGGAAUUAAGAAUGUUAUAAUGCUGUAAGUAUUGUAAUGUACUGAAUGCAGUUUAUUUGAAAGCUGUUUAUGAUAUCAUUCCUGAUAUUGCUGAGAUGUGGGUGUUUUUAAUAAAAUUUAUAUUUAUUUAAAGCA